GCGCGGGCGUCGGUCCUCCCCGCUAGGGGGCGCUCCGAGCCGGCAAAGGCGACGCUCUGGUGGCGGUGGCGGCCGCGCGUGCGGGAGGCGGCGGUAUGUCGGGUUGCGAGGAGGAGGCAGGGGACGGGUACAGCUCGGCGGAGGACGAGGACUACGUGCCUUCGGGUGCGGAGUACAGCGAGGAGGACGAGAGUGAGCUGCUGAGGGAGGAGGAGGAGGAGGCGGCCGGCCCGAGGCCCACCCGCGGCAAGAGCGGCUCCCGGCGGGCCGCCCGCAGGAAGAAGAGGAGAGGCCUCGUGCUUGAGGUCGAUGAGAAAGAGGAAGGAAAAGUUCAGGAAAAUGAAGAUGAGGAGGAUGACUUAAAGCAGUCAGAAAGAGACCGGGAAGAAGAAGAAAAAAAGAAAGAGGACGCACUUUGGGCCAGCUUCCUCAGCGACGUGGGGCAGAAGCCCAAAGCAGCAGCCACACAGGCAACUCGUGCUGACAAGGCUGGAGAAGAGAAGAGUGUGAACAAGCUUCAGGGGAAACCCAAAGAGUCUGAGAGGCCAAAAGAUUCAGGAAAAGUCACAAUCACCAAAGUGUUUGACUUUGCUGGUGAGGAAGUCAGAGUGACUAAAGAAGUGGACUCAACAUCAAAAGAAGCAAAAUCUUUUCUGAAGCAGCAAGAGAAGUGGCAGUCAUCAGCUCCAGGUUCCCUCCCAACUGUCUCUGGGGUGAAGAGGCCGAGCGGUAUCAGCAGCCUCCUGGGGAAGAUUGGCUCCAAAAAGCAGAAGAUGAGCACGCUGGAGAAGUCCAAGCUGGACUGGGAGAACUUCAAGGAGGAGGAGGGCAUUGUGGAGGAGCUGGCAAUCCACAACCGAGGGAAAGACGGGUACAUCGAGAGGAAGGCGUUCCUGGAGCGCGUGGACCACAGGCAGUUUGAGAUCGAGCGCGACAUCAGGCUGAGCAGGAUGAAGCCGUGAGGGCCGGGGGUGGCCGUGGGGUCCCGCUGGCUCUGUGCCCCAGCUGGGGGACGCCAGCCCCUGCCUGGCCGCAGGGCACGGAAACUGUUCUCUACCCAAGCCUGCACGUCUCAGCAGGUUUUUCCUUUUACUGUAAUGUUUGGGGAGGGUGCUUGUCUGUGGGCAGGGUGUGCCGUGAGGGUCCCAUCACCCGGCAGGUGAUAGAAGUGACCCCGUGGCACCGAUCCUUCGCCACCGCUGGGUGCUGCCGUGCUCGCACGCAAACCACAAUCCAGCUCUGCUGACGUG